UACCGCCUGGUGGGGACCAUUUCUAUAUAAUCGUCAGCGAAGGUGCCCGUCUCUUCACAUCCUAUCAGUGAUCACGUUUCUUUAACUGUCUGACUCCUCGUUCAAUUCACGUUUACUUAAUCGAAAAACAAACUAACGCAGGACAAGUGAGAAAAGAUGAUCUUGGUGCCGUUGGCCCUGGUGCUUUUCGCGGCGCUCGCGAGCGUCGAAUCAGCGAUAAACGAAGUCCGACCUCCGAGUAACAGACCAGGAAGAUUCCUUUCUCUUCCAAUACCACAGAAGUGUGCAAACCGACCAAAAGAAUUCAACUACAGAGGCCACAACUACUUCUAUAGUGGACAUAUCCCAGCACAUAGCAACCAGAGGGUGGAUUGGCUGGAUGCUAGGAACAUUUGCAGGGAAUACUGUAUGGAUCUCGUGUCGAUAGAGACUCAAGAUGAAAACAAUUUAAUUUUCAGACUCAUUCAACAAAACGAUGUUCCCUACAUUUGGACAUCAGGACGUCUCUGCGACUUCAAGGGUUGCGAGAAUCGUCGCGACCUAGAGCCAAAAUCUCUCUACGGAUGGUUCUGGUCGGCCAAUAGGAAGAAGAUGGCACCGACUAACCAGGUUCCCGAAGGCUGGAACUUCAAUCCGUGGUCUCAAACUGGCCAUAAGAAAGUCAGGCAACCGGAUAACGCUGAAUUCGACAUAAACGGCACCAACGAAUCCUGCUUAUCUGUUCUUAACAAUGUUUACAAAGAUGGAAUCAGCUGGCACGACGUCGCGUGUUACCACCAGAAACCUUUCGUAUGCGAGGACUCUGAGGAACUCUUGAAUUACGUGGCUAGCACUAAUCCUGGCCUUCGUCUUUAAAAGUAUCACCGAUAAACAAUCUUGUUGCGACUUAACACUAAACCUACCCACGUUGAUUUGUGACUACUUUUAUAGGACGAAUGCAUUAAAGACACUGUUUUCAGUUAUAUGCAAAAAUAUUUUACGUGGAAAUGAAUAAUGCGUGGAACAAUUGUGUAUAAUUCGCGUCUUGC